CGGGAUUUAGAAUCAUCAUCCCAUCACUAUCAGAUUGCCCCGAAACGAACGAUGAGGGACUGCCAGUUGAAGCCAUCCGGGGUUUAGCAUCACUGAUCAACAUGGAGGUUGAAGAGCCUGCGCUCGCCAUCGCCGAGUCCACCGUCGUCGAUCCGGAAGUUCGAGCCCAUGUCUACAGUCUUGUCACCGCGCUCGGAGGAUUUAACGGAGAAGAUGCGGACAAGUACGUUCUGGGUGACGAUGCACUGGCAUGCUUGCGGGAUAUUAAGCGCUGGCUGAAGCUCUACGAUGAGAAAUACAAUCGUAUGGAUGUCGCACGGUGCCUGGGAGAAGCAAAUCUGGUCAAUGGUGACCUGCUCCCGAUCCUGUCGACCUUUGCGCAUAGCAAAAAGCAGACCAAGUAUAUGUCGCGCAUUGCUCUGGCAUGUCUGGAAAUCUUGGUGCCUUUAACAUGGCCAUUGGAGAUGCAAGGCGAAAUGAUGGCCGACAAUUUCAAGCAUAUCCCGUAUCUUCAACACUCACAUGUCGCCUAUAAGCGAGGCAUUCUCAACCAUGCCAGUACUGGCUACCUCCGCACAAUCAUUCGUAUCGGCCUCCCGAGCAUGGCCAUCCCACGACCCGAACGCGCCACCCGAGAUGAGGGGAUUCUCAAGCUGAUGCUCUUCUUCCUGCGCAAUAUUGCCCUGAUUACUCCGAAUACCCGCCUAGCAGCUGAAGGGGACGAGGAGGAAACAUCUCGAUCGGCCACCAUAAAUGCCUUUCAGGAUCAGGAUGUAUUCGCACUCAUUCUCACCAUGUGCUCUAAUGUGGGAGACGACUUCAACAUGCAAGACGUGGCUCUCCUCGAAAUUUUGUUUCACCUUGUGAGGGGUAUCGACGUCGACAAGCUAUUCAUGGAUGAUACGCAGCGAACCGCCAAGCGUACCGACGAGCUUGACGACCUCUUGCGGAAGGAGUCGUCGCUGAGAAGAGAAUAUGCAAAGAAUGCACCCACGCGGCACGGUCGAUUUGGAACAAUGAUCUGGGUCAAGCGCGACGACGCCAAGUACUCCACGGUCUCCGGGCAAAGUGUCCUCAAGGACGACCAGACGACCUUCCAGAAGAUGGAUGAAAGCAAAAAGUGGAACAAGCCUCAGUUCCGCCGAAAGGUGCAAGAUUUGACCUUGUACAACGACUUCAGCACUCCCGUGCACAUCAACUCGGCAGCCUCUGAGAACCUGAGGAAGUUUGUCGAAGAGUUCUUGGAUUCUGGGUUCAACCCACUUUUCACGCACGUGCGUAAGGCGAUCGAGCGCGAAGCCGAUCGGGUGGUGGACAUAAACACCCGUCAGUUCUUCUACACCGUGUCCUGGUUUCUGCAGGCGGAGCGGGCACGACGCGCACGUCAGCGGGAGAAACGGGCACAGAGCGAGAGACCAGGCAAGGAGAUCGAACCAGAUAGCUUCGGUCUUGUUGCCAGUGUUCUGGAUCAGGAAACGUUUGUCUUCCUGAAUCGGGCCAUGCAGUAUGCAGUUGACAACAAGGAUUGGCAAGAUCUCACCGCAGAGAUGCGCUGUUUCACACAAAUCCUGCUGACUGUUCAGGACAUGGUCCAGUCUCCACUCGAGGAGGACCAAGAGAUUGCUGAAAAUAUCCAAAAUCGCAUCUUCUACGAAGAAACGACGCAUGAUCGCGUGAUCGCUAUUGUUCGCGGUUACACCGACCAAGGGUUCGGCUACCUAAAUGCAUGCACCGAGCUUUCCCAUGUUUUCUUACGGAUGCUGGAACGCUACUCAAAAGAGAAUGUCGAUAUGCAGGUGCGGUCCCGGCGGCGCGCCAGACGGAAGCAGAAGGAAGCCGGGGGAGUUGUCGAAGGGGAGAAUGACGAAGAGCAUGGAUCCGAGGAUGAGGAUAUGUUAGAAGCCGAGAGAAUGUCAAAAGAGCGCAGCUUCGAUUUUCGGCGCUUUGCCGCCAAGUUCUGCAACCAGAAAUGCGUCGACACCUUUGUUAGCUUCACUAAGCAUUACAGGGAGCUCAACACUGAGCAGCUGAAACGUGCCCACCGUUAUUUCUACCGGAUCGCCUUCAAGCAAGAGAUGAGCGUCUUGCUCUUCCGUCUCGACAUUAUUAAUCUUUUCUACCGCAUGAUCAAAGGGCCCGGGGCCUUGGAUUCGAGCAAAUCGAUUUACAAAGACUGGGAGGAACUGGUCCGUCAAAUAUACAGGAAACUGACGAGAAAGCUGGAGCAGCGCCCCGCUCUAUUUGUCGAACUAUUGUUCAGCAAGACAAACGCGACCACCUUCUACCUGGAGUACGGACACGAGCGGCAGACGCUACCAAGCGUCCGCAGAGCGCCAGCGGAGCUGGAAAUCGAUCCCAAACAAGCUAGCACCAUCGAAGAGAAGCUGAGCAUCAUGGUGCCUGCCUUGGUUCUGGACGGGGACGCAGAACUGGUCAAGUGGGUGAGCGAAGUUUUGGGGUCUGCCAUUGAAGAAAGAGAUGCUUGGGAAGAACAAGAAAGGGCCCUGCGCGCGACAGGCGCAGAGAGUGCAAGGGUUCCAAACCCCAUGAUAUCUGUUAAAACUCGAGACGAGACAUGCCAGAACGCCAUGUUCUCCAACGCCAAGCUUCGCCUGUUGAUGACGCUUGUUAAAUUCGAGCGACUAGGUGUGGAAGACGUGGCUGGAGCUUCCUGGGUGAUCCCCUCGACUGCCACGGCGCAGGAUCUGCGAGAAAUGAAGUCCUUUCUCGACAAGUAUUUCGCCAAAGCGGAGAAGGGAAAUAUCGGCCAGGAUCCGCGCGAACUGAUACGACGCAAAUACGGCCCCAAGAAGACUGCCAAUCCAUCCGAGGCACAGGAUACCGUCAACUUUGGUUCCGAGUCGGAGGGCGAAGACGAGGUGCCCGACGGGUUUCUGUUCCCGCCCAACCCGCGAUUGAAGGCGAAUGCGCUCACAGAACUGAAGCAGAAGCGGAAGAAACGCAAGCAGAAGGACGAUGACGACGGCGAGGGCGGCGAACCCCUCGAUGAGGAGACCCUCGACGAGCGACGCCGCGCUCGCGAGGAGAACGCUCGCGCUCGUCUCGCAAAGAUCAAGAGUGACCUCUAUGUGCAUGCUAGCGAUGAAGAGACAGAUGAGGAGGCGGAUGAGAAAUUUUUCAGGCUAGAAGAACAGCGGCGCAAAACGCAGGCCGAACGCAUCAAACAGGCCAUGCUCCAUGGCGUCCCGCCAGAGUUGCUGGGGGUCACGGGGAAGAAGGGACAACACAAGCAACAGACCAAGCGACAGCGGGUUGCUGCCGGAGCGGACGAGGACAAUGACCUAGUCAUGGGAGGUUUGUCACCUGGGUCGCCACAUGCCGAUGCUCCUGGGGAUGAGAUCGACGAUAACCCGGACUUCGAUGACAAUCUUGCCUUCAGCCGCAAGCGCGAGGACCUGUUAACAUCAGCUCCCGACGAUGAAGCUAUGCAAUCUCGCGAGCCUGAGGUGGCCGGGGACUCGCCGGAUGAGGAGGAUGAAGAUGCACCGGUUGUUGCGGCUGCUUCCCGCCGGCGGAUGCGCGCUGGGUUUGUGGUGGACAGUGACUCGGAGUGAGACGAGCUGAGUUGUUAGUCUGGACUAGUGAUUCUGAUGAUGCGGAGUUCAGGGUGUGUUGGUGUUGAGGGCUGGUUGUUGAAGAUGGUUCUAGAUAACAGCUGUACCGGCUGAGAUAUGAAUGAAGAGCCUAC